CCCAACAUCAGAAAAGUGGUCUACCUCACUUUUUUGAUUUGGAGAAUAUAGAAAACUACGAAGCAUAAAAGGUUGAAUUCUAUCUCUAAACUGCCACUGUUAAUUGAUUUGAGGCUUGAUUUGAGGCUCUGUAGUCUGUACAAUAUGGAGAAGAAGCAUGAGUAGUUUGUUCUAUUCUCUUUUGAAAGCAGAAAAAAACUUUCUUAGAAAACAGAAAAAGAGAAAGGUUGAUGAGCAUAGGGGGGUUCAUGAUGCUCAAGAAAAUUGGUCUCCUCCUCCUCGUUUCAGUCUCGAUUAUAUCUACUUCAUCUUCAGGUAGAGAACUGGUGAACAACUUGAUCAAAGACAUUGUUACAGCUCGUGAGGAAUUAUCUGCAGAAAUGCAACUGCAGCACAAGGAAGCCUAUACAGUCCAUGAAAGGCUACUCAGAGUUAACACCAAAGACUAUGGAACCUAUGAUCCAGCCCCGGAAUUCGAAAAGCCUCCUUUCAAACGCAUACCCAACUGAUAUAUUGGUCUAGUCAUAUAUGCAUGCUUUUUGGUUUGCAGUCGGAGUGGUAUCUGAAUUUGCAGAAGGGUCUGAGAGAGGAGGUAGGCAGGUAGCAGAUCAAUACUCUACGUACUCUUGCUGCAUUUUUGUUUCAAAUGUGUUACUCCAGUUUCAAAUGCGUUUGGUCUAGCAGUUUUAUCGCAUUUUGUUGUAAAUUGUAAUACAACCAUCGGUACAUUAUAACUAGACUACGUCCGAAAGUGUUUACCCACGUA